CGAAAGAAUUUAUCAAACGUUCAACGUGAUCCGACCAGUGUGCACGUAGAUUAAAAAGUAUAUUUUAAGCUCAUAUGUAAUUGCAAACAUUAAACUUUACAAGUUGUUGGUAACAUGAAGACUUAUUAAGUAUCUACUUAGUUACGCAAAACUUAGUUAUCGUGAACCACAGAGCAAGCAAGUCUUCAGUGUUCAUGUUUUGUGUUAAUACUUCUACAGUUCAACCAGCUUGAAAAAAAGAGGUUCUCAAUUUAUCUCGAUAUUUCUUUAAUUCGACUUUGAGUGGACAUGCGUUAUGUGAAAUCGCGUCAUGACGACGACCUUUCUUCAGCGGCUAGCUCUGUGCGAUCUGUAGAUAGUUACGAAAUUUUCGCCAGUGAUUGCUCGGAUUUUGAAGACACUGAAAUUGAAGAGCGGAGACGAAGGAAUAAUAAGCACAUAAAAUUAUCUGUCUGCAGCCAGUGUAGACACCUGAUGAUGGACCGUCUCGAGACUUCCCCCCUUUUGGGGACGGCACCCAAACACGGUUACAACCAUUUUAAUGAACAGGCCCAAUCAGAACUGACUUCUAGUAAAAUCAUAUCGUCUUACAAGCGUAUGGAAAACUCAACAAAUCAGGAAAAGAGAAAGCAAAGUUCUCUGGUCACGAUAUUUUCAGUAUGGAACACAAUAAUGGGGUCGUCUCUCCUGACCAUGGCGUGGGGGGUGGAGCGAGCUGGUCUGCCAGCCGCCCUGGUGCUGGUGGCGGUCAUGGCCGCCCUGUGUCUGUAUACUGCGCAUGUGCUGCUGAGGGUCAACCUUCAUCAUGGCACAGUGACGUGUGAAGUUCCAGCUCUUUGCAGGACCCUGCUGGGGAGACCAGCGGAGGUGGUAGCCCAUGCCUUCAGUCUUGUUGUGCUGCUGGGCGCCAAUGUAGUUUAUUGGAUUUUGAUCACGAACUUCUUGUAUUUCACCGUCAAUUACUUUGCAGAUCUCCGAAAUUCAAACACGACGGAUUAUAACACAACGCUGUUAUGCCCGAAGCAGGACGUUAUCAACGGUUCCCUCAUUAUACCAAUGGCCGCAGACGACUCCCCCUUUUGGAGUCUCCACACGACCGUGCCCAUCUACGUGGCUUUGAUCGUCUUUCCACUGCUUAACUUCAAGAAUGUUACCUUCUUCACCAAGUUCAACUCUUUGGGAACCCUCUCAGUUGCUUACCUUCUCAUCUUCGUUGUAACCAAAGGCUACAUAUGGGGCAUUAAUAUCAGCGUGGUGACCGCUGAACUUCAGAUCGGGAAGAACGCGGCUGUUCUCAGCGGAAUGUUGGCCUUGUCGUUCUACAUUCAUAACAUUAUCAUCACUAUUAUGAGCAAUAAUGCCAAGCAGGAGAAUAAUGGUAGAGAUCUGGCCAUAGCAUUCGUCCUGGUGACUCUGACAUACACCCUGGUCGGAGCUGGUUUCUACAUCUGCUUCCCUCUCGCCAAGUCCUGUAUUGAAGACAAUAUCCUGAACAAUUUCGAAAUGCACGAUGUAAUGACCGCCGUAGCUAGAAUCCUACUACUGUUUCAGGUAGUGACAGUAUAUCCUCUAGUGGCGUACAUGCUGCGUACUGAAGCGAUCCUGUUGCUCCCCCUGACAGAGUCCCGGUGUCUGACUGUCUGUAUCAACAUCAUCAUUGUCGUCAUGUGCAUCAUCGUCGCCUGCUUCUGCCCCAAUAUCGGGACUAUUAUUAGAUACACCGGCGCAGUGAGCGGCCUAGUCCACAUAUUCACACUGCCCUCCGUUCUACAAGUCAAAUCUCUUUACCUUAGAAGAAAACUCACGUGGUGGAAGAUAGUAUUCUACUGCUUCAUAGUUCUCUUCGGAGCUGUCAAUCUGCUAAUGCAGUUCUUUAUAAGCGAGUAAUGCUGUUAUUGACUUAGAAAACUUCAUUUGACGAAUCGAGACUUAAGAAAACCUCAUUUGACGAAUCGAGACUUAAGAAAACCUCAUUUGACGAAUCGAGACUUAAGAAAACCUCAUUUGACGAAUCGAGACUUAAGAAAACCUCAUUUGACGAAUCGAGACUUAAGAAAACCUCAUUUGACGAAUCGAGACUUAAGAAAACCUCAUUUGACGAAUCGAGACUUAAGAAAACUUCAUUUGACUAAUCGAUACGUAUAUUACCAUCAUUUGACGAAUAAUACGAGAGUGAUUGUUCAAAUUAUGGACGUCCUGGCAAAGGGUCAGAUCAGGAGUACCCGAAACCGCCGAGCUUGCAUAAAGAGAGUUAUGAAUGUGGAUGAAGCGAAAAAAGUAUGCAGAGAUCGUGGCAAGUGGAAAGAUGUAGUAUCUGCCUACCUAUCCGGAAAAAAGGCGUGAUUUUAUGUAUGUAUGUAUGUAUAAUCGUUAAUAUUGAAUGUAAACUGAAAAUAUAUACAGCACUCUUUAUUGUUAACUUAUUUGAGAAUAUCUAUUCAAAUCUGCAAGAACAUUCUAUAUUUUAAGUUAAAAACGCUAGAAAUAAUGAUAUACCAUAGCCAUAGUUAUACCAUUCUUAAUUAUAAUUGAUGAAUUAAAAAAGACGAAGUGAAGGAAAAUAAUGAAGCGAUCUUUUCAUGUAAAACUACCUCCUACAGAAAUUUAAAUACCAAGAUUUUAAAACAUUCAUUUGUAGCGCCAUCUAUUCAUUUGGCACAAAAAAAACUAGAUUUAACAGCAUUUGCUGUAAAAGCAUCCAGAAUUGUGUACCAGAAGUGUGUAACCAAAGUUUUUAUAGAUAAGUUUACUACAUAUAUUUUAUAACGUAAAUAUAUAGGUAUUUUUAUCAUAACAAUUAUGUGUAAAAUCUAGUCAAUGUUACCAAUAUUUUAACAAUAAAUACCAAUUUAUUAUAAUUAAAACAUUUAUUAA